AGCCCGCCUACUACUCAGCCCGUCACACAACACUUCCGGCUCCGCUUCCUUUGAGACAUAAGGAGUGAUUAGGACUAUUUUAUGAGAUAAUAGACAGUUUUAUUAGCAAAGCACGGCUGCAUCGAUGAAGGUGAUUCAACUCGUUUACGUAAAUGAAUCGAUUCUUUUGAACGAUGUGUUCGGGAAUCGUCCAUCACUGUUAGAGCCACAUCUGUAGAGUACGAGUAGGUCAGAGGCUCUUCUGCAGAAGUAAAUACACAGUUCAUAAACAGAUACAAAGGUCAUUUUGGUGUCUGACGGAGAAGAGAAGCACACACAGGCUCUCAGUACCCAAUGGCACUACAUGCUGACCCAGUUCAGCCUGAACACCCCAAGAUGGACCCUGACAUCCCAGACCUCCCCAGUGGUCCGCUGGAUUUGUACAGGAAAAAAGCCUCUUUCAACUGGAAGGAGAUGCUCUAUUUCAUCGAUGGAAAAGACAUCCUAGAAUACAAGGAAAAAGUGUUCAAGGUGUUGGAGAAUGAUCCUCUGUACGCUCGUCAACCAGGUGAAGAUAUCCCAAUUGAGAAGAUGAGAGAGCUGACAUUUCUCAGGGUGAAGCAGCUGUUCUGCUAUGACUUACUGAGAAAAGAAGAGGUGAUGUCCAACCCCUGGAAGGGUGUUGUCCUGAAUGACUGUCUGGGCAUGUAUGACUGGGCCGUAGCAACCAAAUUCUUCCUCAACAAAGGGAUGUUUGGAUCAACUAUUGCCAGCUCAGGGUCCAAAAGACACAACAAAUUUGUUGAAAGCACUGACGACAUGACGACAUUUGGAUGCUUUGCACUGACGGAGCUCAGUCAUGGCAGCAACACCAGAGCCAUGAGGACAACGGCCACAUACGAUCCCUCCACCCAGGAGUUCGUGAUCCACUCUCCAGACUUCGAGGCAGCGAAGUUCUGGGUGGGAAACCUGGGUAAGAACGCCACCCAUGCAGUGGUUUUCGCUCAGCUCUACACCCCUGACCAGGUGUGCCACGGCCUGCACUCCUUCGUCGUUCCGGUGAGAGAUCCUAAGACACUGCUGGCUCUGCCUGGUGUCGUGGUUGGAGAUAUGGGAAAGAAGCUGGGCCAGAACGGACUGGAUAACGGGUUUGUGCUGUUUCAUAAUGUGAGGAUUCCACGGGAGAACCUGCUGAAUAGGACGGGAGACGUGACCCCUGACGGGCACUAUGUUACACCUUUCAAGGAUCCAAACAAACGUUUCGGGGCGUCUCUUGGUGCCCUGUCAGGGGGCAGGGUAUCAAUCACCAGGAUAGCUCUUGUCAACCUGAAGCUGGCUCUUGUCAUCACCAUCCGCUUCUCAGCCACCAGGAGACAGUUUGGACCCAAAGACAUGGAGGAGAUUCCUGUUUUGGAGUAUCAGCUUCAGCAAUGCCGUCUGAUCCCAUACCUGGCAACAGCGUACGCUUUUGAAAACUUCAGCAAAUCUUUCUUCAUGAACUUUGUGGAGUUCCAGAUGGGACAGGUGAUGAAGGACAAGAGCGACAGACAGGCAGAGCUGGGCAGAGAGAUCCAUGCUUUAAGUUGUUCCAGUAAGCCCAUGGGUUCAUGGGCAGCUCAAAGGGGAAUCCAGGAGUGUAGGGAAGCCUGCGGUGGACACGGAUACCUCGCUAUGAAUCGGUUGGGUGAUCUCCGUAAUGAUAACGAUCCAAACUGCACAUAUGAAGGAGACAACAAUGUCUUACUGCAACAAACCAGCAGCUACCUGCUCAGCUGGCUCCACAUCAAGCUCCGCGACGGUGUGCGGAUCGAGUCCCCUCUUCACACUGUAGAUUUCCUGGAUGAUUUCCACCAAAUCCUACAGAGCAAGUUUACAGCAACGACCCUGGAGGAGUGUAUGGACCCUGCAGUGCCUCUGGCAGCGUACAAGUGGCUGGUGUGUUUCCUGCUGCAGGAGAGCAGGAACAGGCUGGAACAGCAGAGGGCCAAGACGAACGAUGAGUUUGAGGCUCGGAACAACAGCCAGUAUUACUACUGCCGUUCCCUGGCCAUCGCCUACAUUGAACACACCUGCCUACAGAGGUUUCAUGAGUGGACGUCUGCUGAGGACACACCGGCUGGUCUCAGACCAGUUCUAAAGAAGCUCUUUGCCCUGUAUGGGCUGUGGAGCCUCAAUAACCACAUGGCCACACUGUACCAGGGGAAUUACCUGAGUGGAAGGAAGCCAGCGGAAAUGGUUCAGAUCGCCAUUGUGACGCUCUGCGCUGAGCUGAAAGACGAUGCAGUGGCUUUGGUGGAUGUUUUUGCACCUCCUGAUUUUAUCCUCAACUCACCUAUUGGGAACGCAGACGGACAGCUUUACAAGAACCUGUGGUCGACGGUGAUGCAGGGUAAAGACGUUCUGCAGCGUCCGUCCUGGUGGAAGGAGUUCUGCUCAGACAAACCGAUGGUCGGAUCGCUUCGGCCAAAACUGUAAAACCAGCGUGACGGCCGGAGAAGAACCCCAGAACGGAUCCAUUGCACAGGACGUCAACUCCUGUUUAACUCAUUAUUUAAGCAUGUAAUCAGGAUCAUUUUUCAGUUUUUACCUCCAGGUUUGUUGCCAAAACCUGCCAGUGUCCCUGAACACAUCCAUGCAUAAUCACUACACGUCUUUAUUUCUUUUGAAAGUGCACUUCAUACAUCAGACUAUGACAGUUUAUUUUUGCACAUAUGCCAACCGACUGACCUUAUGGCCUUUUUGUCUUUUAUUGUACACAUCCAUUUUUGUUUAAUUAUAAAAAAAAAAACCUAAACGUCCAACCUUUACCAACCUAAAAUAUUUCAUAACUUCUGAACCACUAA